UAAAAAUAAAAUGAGAGAAAUCGAUGCGUCGGUCCAGAUGAGACUGUACGCUCUGAGUAAACGCCAGUUUGUGCUGGUGUUUGUUACCUUCUUCGUUUGCUUUGGUGUAUCCAUACUCAUAGGAUUGGCAGGUCCUCCUAUAUUACAGUCCGUACAGUUCAAUGCCACAUCAUUGCCAAAGGUUCCACAAGACCUCAAGAAAGGUCCAUUUAUCAAAAGAUCUCCACCCAUGUCUCCCUACCACCAACAGCUGUGGCUCAUAGCAGAGAUCAUACCCACUGGCAGCAAAUCAACAGGGAUCACUCAUCCAUUCACAGUAAGUGUCCAGAUUAGAGGAAGUGAGAAGAUCAAAGAUGAGAACUCAAGCAAAGAGCUCUAUGAUGGACAUAUGCAUAACAGAACUCGCAUCUUGCAGUGUAAAAAUGGGAAAUGUGAUGAGCUGAUACUUCUUCAUUUAGGCUUCCUAGACUUCACCUACUACACAAUUAGCAUCACGUUCUAUGACUUGGAGGAUUCACCAGUCAAUGUCAAAGAUAUUAAAUUUUUUUUCAAAAGCUACAAUCCUUCCUUUACAUACAUAGAGAUCUGGUUCAGAUUUGUAUUUCUAGUCUUCUCUUUCUUAGCUACAUGUUUAUUUGCUCAUUCCCUGCGCAAGUUUUCCAUGAGAGACUGGUCUAUUGAGCAGAAGUGGAUGUCAGUAUUAUUGCCCUUACUGCUUUUAUACAACAAUCCCAUAUUUUCUCUCACAUUCCUAGUCAAUAGCUGGAUUCCUCCAAUGUUUGAUGCAAUAUUUCAAGCCUCAUUCCUGUGUGCACUUUUGUUGUUUUGGCUCUGUCUUUACCAUGGAGUUAGACAGACAAAAAGAUAUUUCUGUAAAUUCUACCUUCCAAAGCUGUUAGUUGUGGGUUUAAUAUGGAUCGCAGCAGUCACCAUAGCAACCUGGCAGUCUUACAAUGAGUUAGUCGAUCCAACAUAUAACUACAAACUGGACACAGGAAAUUUCAUGGGUUUUAAAAUAUUUUUCUUUGUGAUGGGAGGUGUGUACAUUCUGAACCUACUGUAUUUAUUGGUGCGAGCGUAUGCAGAGCUGAGAUCAAUGCCUUAUUUUGAUCUGCGGCUGAAGUUUUUAACAGCUUUAAUGUUGGUUGUGUUAGCCAUCAGCAUUGCAAUUACAGCACUGAGGUUUGGAGUGGGCGUCUUACGGGACAACUUCGUAGCUCAGUUAUCUACGCAUUACCAAAAUUCAGCUGAAUUUUUGUCAUUUUAUGGCUUGCUCAAUUUUUACCUUUACACAAUGGCCUUUGUGUACUCUCCAACUAAUAAUGCUAUGUAUGAAUCUCACUUCAAAGACAAUCCGGCACUAUCUAUGCUGAAUGAUUCUGACGAUGAAGUGAUAUAUGGGUCUGAUGAGGAGAGACAUGCCCUGACUACGAGGGGAGGGCGGAGGAUACCAGAGAGUGAUGAGGAUGCCUUCAACUAAAUCACAAAAUAUUUAUUGCUUACCCCACCCCCAUGCUUUGGGUGAAAUGGGUAAUUAUGAAAUAUCAGCCCUUCCCAUGGACAACCUUUUGGCUCUUAAUUCAUAUAGUGAAAUGUGUCCUGAUGAUAUGUGGAAAGCUUCACAAUUCAUUCCAUGAAUGAAUUAUUAUUUCACAAUUUAUCUCGCUAAUGAAUACAAGCCUUGCUGAAGAAUGUUGCUAUAUACAAGAAUGGCGUAGUGUACCUUUAUGGUCAAAAUUAUGGACUAUUUGGCAGAUUAUUGAAUUAUGACUUUUUAGCAUUUUCCAUUCAAUUAUUCAGAAAUGAUUUAACAACUUAAUGAAAAAUCAAAAAUUGUUUAUUACACAGAAAAUGUCAGGGAAGUGAUGAUCAAGGUGCUAUACAGUGGAUAUGUACAACUGUACUGUAAAUGUGAAAUGUAAGCAAGUUUAAUCAAUGGAAAAUUGAAAAUAUUUCAUAGCUAUAUUAUGUAAUGCUCAUGUGUCUUGUCUGUAUCGAUUUAUAUUGUAAUUCUUAAGAUUAUCUUCAUUUUCACAAUUUUAUUGAUUUUUAAAAGUAUCCAUGUAUUAUACUAUGAUAAUAUUGAUUGUUGACUGUACUGGAAGGUCUUUCUCAUUUUAUUGUCAUUUGUGAUUCCUGAUGUCUGAAGAUGAAGCUAUGUGUCAUUAUUGGAAAAGAGAAUGGAAUUUCAUGAGAGUACAGUUUCAGGAAUUGUCUUUUAUGAACAUCCUUGAUAUGAUUGAUUGCGCUGUUCGUCCAGUAUAUUGAAUGUAUUGUAUGUCCCUAUUCUACGAACUUUUGGAUCAACCCUCGUACAUUAAAUAAUAAAUAUAUUAUUCCAUUUCUAAGAUAAACCUCUUGGCAUAGAAGACAAAAACUCGAUAUGUGCAUUUUAAAUAUCAACAAGAUCCUUAUAAUCAUCAUACUCUUAGAUGUUAAGUCCCAUACUUUAAAGUCCCAUAGGGGUAGACUCCAAUGUCAACAUAAAUUCUACAUUUAACACAUGAUGUUCUCUGCCUGUUAGCAUAUAAAAUGUAUAUUUUUCUUGUUACAAUAUUUACUUUUGUUAUUUAGCAUGUUCCAAUACUCAGAAUACCAAUUUAGGUAAAGUACAUAUACAUUUAUACAGUUUAUAUCAUGGUAAAUCUGGUUGGGUUAGAUAUAAAUUUUAGUUGAUUUCUGGUUAAGGAGCUCUAAUUUUUUACCCAAAGUAUAUCCAGACCUCUCAAACUCAUUUAUGUGUACAGAGAACUCCAAAGAUUUUGAGAAUUAUAGAUAGAAUAUUCUCAACACAUCUUUAAAGAUGGCUGAUGAUAUCCCACAAUGCUUUGGGUUUGAAAAAUGAGUGCAAUUAUCAUAUACGUGUAGAUCUGUAAAUAGCAAAUGCUAUAGCUUUGUGUGAUAUCUUGUGUAUUAUUGUGCCAAAUACCAUGCUGUAAAAUCAAACAUUUGAUUGUAUUGUAAAUACUAUAUGUUAAUACUACAGUUGCUAUGGCACUUAUCACCCUUCAUUCGCAAGAGGGUGUGUCAUGAAAAUAUUUAACUCCUGGUCAAUAUUUUUUCUUACUUAUUUAUUUCAUUUUUUUGCUCUCACUAUGUACAACACUCGGACAUAUAUUUUAUCCGUACUGCAAAAUAACUUUUUAAUAUUACAGAC